CCCUUCCGCUCCAGGCCGCAACAUAACCAUAGAGAUACGUAAACAAGCCGAGCCGAGCGGUGGAACGUCACGCGCGGACCGGAAGGUGCGCCAAAUGGCCGGCCCGGUGGCGCGUGCGCGCUGGGAGCGUGCGCAGCCGGCUUCGCCUGGCGAGGAGAGAGGGGCGCCUUUGCGCGCCGAGGCGGCGGCGGCGGACCUUGGCGUCGUGGGCCUGGCCGCGGAGCCGGCCGCAAACGCAGGAACCAUGACAACUUCAGGAAAAGAGAACUUCCGCUUGAAGAGCUAUAAAAACAAGUCUUUGAAUCCCGAUGAAAUGCGUCGUCGACGUGAAGAAGAGGGCCUUCAGCUACGGAAGCAAAAACGAGAGGAGCAGUUAUUUAAACGUAGAAAUGUUGCCACAGCUGAUGAAGAAGCAGAGGAAGAAGUUAUGUCAGAUGGCGGAUUUCAUGAAACUCAAAUGAAUAAUAUGGAAAUGACUUCUAGUGCCGUAAUCACAUCUGAUAUGACUGAAAUGAUUUUCUCCAAUAGUCCGGAACAGCAGCUUUCUGCUACUCAGAAAUUCCGAAAACUUCUCUCAAAAGAACCAAAUCCGCCUAUAGAUGAAGUCAUUAGUACACCAGGAGUGGUGGCCAGGUUUGUGGAGUUCCUGAAACGGAAAGAAAACUGCACUUUACAGUUUGAAGCUGCAUGGGUACUGACUAACAUUGCCUCUGGAAAUUCCCUUCAGACUCGGAUUGUGAUCCAAGCAGGGGCUGUUCCUAUCUUCAUAGAACUACUCAGCUCAGAAUUUGAAGAUGUGCAAGAACAGGCUGUCUGGGCUCUUGGCAAUAUUGCAGGCGACAGUACUAUGUGUCGAGACUAUGUGCUUGACUGCAACAUCUUGCCCCCUUUAUUACAAUUACUUUCCAAACAGAACCGUCUUACCAUGACUCGGAAUGCUGUGUGGGCACUCUCUAAUCUCUGCAGGGGGAAGAAUCCUCCUCCAGACUUUGUUAAGGUGUCUCCCUGUUUAAGUGUGCUCUCAUGGCUGCUAUUUGUCAAUGACACAGAUGUUCUCGCUGAUGCAUGUUGGGCACUCUCAUACUUGUCUGAUGGACCCAAUGACAAAAUACAGGCUGUGAUUGAUGCUGGAGUAUGUAGGAGACUUGUGGAGCUGCUGAUGCACAAUGAUUACAAAGUGGUAUCUCCUGCUUUACGAGCAGUUGGGAACAUUGUUACAGGGGAUGAUAUCCAGACUCAGGUAAUACUGAAUUGCUCAGCCCUGCAGAGUUUAUUACACUUACUAAGUAGUCCUAAAGAAUCAAUUAAAAAGGAAGCAUGUUGGACAAUAUCAAAUAUAACAGCUGGAAACAGAGCACAGAUUCAGACUGUCAUAGAUGCCAACAUUUUCCCAGCUCUAAUCAAUAUUUUGCAAACUGCUGAGUUUCGAACAAGAAAAGAAGCAGCUUGGGCCAUCACUAAUGCAACAUCUGGUGGUUCUGCAGAGCAGAUCAAAUAUCUGGUAGAACUUGGUUGUAUCAAACCACUUUGUGACCUCCUGACGGUAAUGGACUCGAAGAUUGUGCAGGUAGCACUUAAUGGUCUCGAAAACAUUCUGAGGCUUGGUGAGCAAGAAGCCAGACGGAGUGGUACAGGCAUUAAUCCAUACUGUGCACUCAUCGAGGAAGCCUAUGGGCUGGAUAAGAUUGAGUUCCUACAAAGCCAUGAGAACCAAGAAAUCUACCAGAAGGCCUUUGAUCUGAUUGAGCACUAUUUUGGAACAGAGGAGGAAGACAGCAGCAUUGCUCCACAAGUUGAUCUUGGCCAGCAGCAGUACAUCUUCCAGCAGUGUGAAGCUCCCAUGGAAGGCUUCCAACUCUGAGGUGCUUCUGUGUGCUCGAUUGCUCUGCCCAGGUAGUAGAGCUGAGUAGUUUUGUUAUCCAUAAAGCUGUGUGAGCUCAUUUGCUUGCUUUUUGCACACAACCUCCUUAAACACAACUGGAAAACUUUUGGCUCUUAGUUGUAGAUGCCACUUUGGUAAGGGCUUACCAGAACUGCUGCACCCAUCUCUGAAGAGGUGGAGCAUUUAUGUAAAGAUGUUGGUUUUCCCCUAUGAAAUGUACACUAACAUGGUGUAAUCCUAGAUUAUAAAACAAGGGUGGAGUUGCUGCAUUUGUGUAUUUGUGUGUGUAUGUGGCAGUGUUCUUGCUGUCUACAAAAAGGCGUUGAGAGACGUUUUCUUCCCAUACACUGCUGGGCCCUGCCUCAUUCAAUGGAUUUGAGAGAAUAUUUAAUAUACAGAAUUUGAACUCUGGUGGUUUUGUGUGUGGCAAACUAAGCUCAUUUUAAUAUAUAUAUAAAUAUAUACAUAUGAACUCUCUGUUCCCUGCACUUAUAUCCACCAGUGAAUGAGCUUCUCCAGAUUCUAAGAAUACUGAACAUCUGAUAAUAAACUGACUUCUAUGCUGCUGUUUUGACUGCUUUGGGUUUGGAGUUCUCUUCUGUCUGCAUAAGGAACGGGGAACUGCUUCAUUCCUCUCUACCUUCCCAAGGCACAGCAAUAUUUAUUGUUGAAGAUUCCCUAAAUUGUGCAGGGAUAGAAGAACAGUUGCUACUCAUCUACCACAGCAUAAGUUGCAUUCAUAUAUUGAAGUUGGUCCUCAUCAGUAGCAUUAUUGCUAAGGAAUUUCCACACGAAUUUUGGCACGCCACCUGGUCAAAACAAGACUAUGUAUAUAACUUUUUGAUGUGAACUCUCAAUAUGCUAAACUUCAAGAACAGUACUAGCUUCUUCUGUUGCAUCUGCUUUUAUGAACUGUACCUUCUGCCUCAGACUGGGAAGGACACGUUAGCUUUAACAAUCCACACAAGCCCUUAGUCAAGGCCUGCAUUUCACAACUACUGUACAAGCACUUCAGUUGUGAAACCAGAUGGCUACCAUUUUUUUCCUCAUAUCUCUGAUUUAAAGCUUAGUGCAGCUGAUCUCUGGGGAAGCACCAGCAUUUCGGCUUCUCACAACAGCCAUGUGUCACGGCACAGUUUCUGUGUAAUUUGUACAGUCUCCUGUUAUCUAGUACUAAGGUUGUAGUUCUCCGUUAUGCUUGAAUUGAAGGCACUGGAUAUGAAGGAAGUGGUGUUCUUCUUCCAUUCCCCGGUCAGCUGGCCCUGACAACAUAGUAUUAAUAUAUCAGCAGUUUGUUCCUAUGUAAAUGUUUGCCUAUUGCAAAGAGAUGGCACCUGCUCCUCAACUGAGUAGUAUAGUGAAUUCCAUCAUUCAGAAUAGAGGAGAACUAAUAUUGUGUUUCGUAAUCACUUAUGUUGUCAGAAUUGUUGGACAAGACCCUUCAUGAUACAAUUAAUAGAAGAUAGCUGGCAUCACCCAUAAAGCUUGGGAGAUCUAGCCUCGACUUUCUGGGUAAAUUAUCCCCAUUCAGCAUUUUGCAUUUUUAUUGUGUGCUUUUACAAAAGGAGGCCUUCACAGCUGCCUGUUCAGACCAUUCUUUAGCACGUCCCUUCCUCCAUGUUCCCUUUUUUUAGUGCCGCUUUAUACUAAGGGACUUUGGCAGCAUAUCAUUGUCAAGCUUUGUUGGAAUUUAAAUGUUUGUAGUUUUAAGAUAAACAUUGUGAAUGAGCUAAAAUAGGGAGAAUGUGCUUGGCAAUAAAAUAAUCCCCCCACCCCCACCCCCAGUAAUUGCUUGGGUGGCAGGACCAAACAGAGCAAGUUUGGAAUUCACGGGCAAGAGUCCAUGGCUACAAAGAAAGGGAAUAUCAUAAUGCUGCCUGUGUGAUCAUAUCAGAUUGCCAUGAAAAGAGAAGUUCAUUUGCUGAAAACCUGCACCAAAUUGGCAAAAGCUGAUUUUAACAGCUGUUAUGAACAGAAAAUAAACUGCAUGCAAGAAAGGUUAUGAAGGAAUUAACUUUUUGUUGACAAAGUACAACCCAGUUUGAAGUUAGAUAAGUAACCCUAAAAAAUCAACAACCUCAUUGCCUUUAAAUCCCAUAGUUUCUUUUAUGGAGUGUGGUAGAAGCACUAAUGAAUAGCAAUCUUAUUUCAGCUUCCAUUCUUGUGGCUGGGUUUUUAAACGUAUAAAUUUCUUACGACAUGUCAUUUAUAUAAAAAUUUGUUUUAAAUCAUGUACUUUAUUGAACAGCUUUUUGGGGAGAGAGGUGGGCAAACUACAUAUUUUGUAAGCCAACUUCAGUGAAGUGUGCAUGUGAUACUGAAAUGUCUUGCAUACACAAAUACUGAUAGUGUGUAUAUGUGUGCGCAAUCCUAGAAAUCUAUAUGCACAUGCACAGUCCUCCAGUGUGUGUGCUGAUGUGUAUGUAUAUAUGUAUAUUUACACACAUCCUAUAUUUCUCACACUGAAAGGUUUUAUCCCAAGCUAGUGAAAACAAUGUGAUGCAUUGGUGUUCCUGCUUAGGAAAUAAUGACCAUUCUCUCUAAAGGGGUGAAUUAAAUCAUAAAUACAUUCAAACAAA